UGCAGUAGGCGGAGGUGGGAAGAGAGGAGUUGGGGGCCGGGCCGGGUCCCCGCCCCUCGCGCUCCGGAUGGAUGUGCCCGGCCCGGUGUCCCGGCGCGCGGCGGCGGCGGCGGCCACCAUGCUCCUGCGCACGGCUCGGGUGCCCCGCGAGGGCUGGCUCUUGCCCACCGCGCUGCUCUGCGCCUAUGGCUUCUUUGCCAGCCUCAGGCCGUCCGAGCCCUUCCUGACGCCCUACCUGCUGGGGCCCGACAAGAACCUGACGGAGCGGGAGGUCUUCAAUGAAAUUUAUCCAGUGUGGACUUACUCUUACCUGGUGCUGCUGUUUCCCGUGUUCCUCGCCACAGACUACCUCCGGUACAAACCCGUCGUUCUGCUGCAGGGGCUCAGCCUUAUUGUCACGUGGUUCAUGCUACUCUAUGCCCAGGGACUGCUGGCCAUUCAGUUCCUGGAAUUCUUCUAUGGCAUGGCCACAGCCACUGAAAUCGCCUACUAUUCUUACAUCUACAGUGUGGUGGACCUGAGCAGGUACCAGAAAGUCACAAGUUACAGCCGAACUGCCACCUUGGUGGGCUUCACAGUGGGCUCUGUCCUUGGACAGAUCCUCGUCUCAGUGGCAGGUUGGUCCCUGUUCAGCCUGAAUGUCAUCUCUCUUACCUGUGUUUCUGUGGCUUUUGCCGUGGCCUGGUUUCUGCCUAUGCCACAGAAGAGCCUGUUUUUUCAUCACGUUCAUUCCACCUGCCAGGGAGUGAAUGGUAUCAAGAUACAAAACGGUGGUGUUGUGACUGACACCUCAGCUUCUAACCACCUUCCCGGGUGGGAAGACGUUGAGUCAAAAAUUCCUCUGCAUGUGGAAGAGCCUCCCAUGGAGGAGCUGGAGCCCCAGCCAGACCGUCUCCUUGUGCUGAAAGUCCUGUGGAAUGACUUCUUGAUGUGCUACUCCUCUCGCCCUCUGCUCUGCUGGUCGGUGUGGUGGGCCCUGUCCACCUGUGGCUAUUUUCAAGUCAUCAACUACACACAGGGCCUGUGGGAGCAGGUGAUGCCUUCCCGCCACGCUGCUAUCUCCGCUGUCUAUAACGGAGGUGUGGAGGCCGUUUCAACCUUGCUGGGUGCUGUUGCCGUUUUUGCAGUUGGUUACAUAAAAAUAUCCUGGUCCACUUGGGGAGAGAUGACACUGUCUCUGUGCUCGCUCCUGAUUGCGGCCACAGUGUACAUCAUGGACACUGUGGGUAACAUCUGGGUGUGCUACGCGUCCUAUGUUGUCUUCAGAAUCAUCUACAUGUUACUCAUCACUAUAGCCACUUUUCAGAUCGCCGCCAACCUCAGCAUGGAGCGCUACGCCCUGGUGUUCGGUGUCAACACCUUCAUUGCGUUGGCCCUGCAGACACUGCUCACGCUCAUUGUGGUCGACGCCAGCGGCCUGGGCUUGGAUAUCACCACUCAGUUCCUGAUCUACGCAGGAUAUUUCGCCCUCAUCGCCGUGGUUUUCCUGGCCAAUGGUAUAGUCACCAUAAUGAAGAAAUAUACAAAGCAGGAAGAGCCAGAGUCAGGUUCUCAAGUAACCACUUCAUAAGACACUGCUGACAAGCUGCUGCUUAUAGCAAGAACUCCACACAGCCACGGUCCCUGGAUGUAUUUAAUUUUUUAAGGUGUAGACAUAUAUUUAUGAAUGUGCAUUUCAUGGCUUCAAAGCAGCCAAUUGACUAUACCUGUGUUCCUAGAGUAACAGUCAUGUUCAGAGGAGCAGAAGGAAAGUUUAUUUAUAAGGAUGAUGUUUUUCUGAUUCAAAGGUGAACUUGAUUUUGAAAACCCAGUUAUCACGAGCAGUCAAGCAGCACACGGGCUUGUAUGCUUGACAGCUAGUGAACUGGGUGUGUCAUAGGUCAAGCACUUCUGUAUCUGAUCAGCCAGAAGCUUGGCCCGGAGGGACCAGGGCUUCCCAGGGGCCACAAGAUGUUACCGGUCAAGAUAGAGCUAUGUUGUCACAGCACCUGCCUCUGUUCAGUUUAGUUCUUGUUUUGUGUUACUCAAGUGCAUUUGUUUCUACAGAUGAAAGUUGUUCCUGCCACAGGCAGUAUUUGCUCUGGUUUGGUGUGCUGUUCUAUAAGGAGUGUGUGUCAUUUCUAACAAGCUGUGUUUAAAAUUCAUGGUUUGAAUGUUCUCUGUUCCCUUCUUGCCAGUUACGUACUUGUGUAGAUUUUGUUGGAGACACGCUUGCAUUAUUCAUAUGCUUCCCAGAGAAGCUCAUGUAGUUAGAAAGUAAGGCAAGUUUUGAAGCCUGCUCUGAGUGAAGAGACCUCAUCGGAAAAUGGAGGUAGAUUUCCUCAUCUUUCAUUCUUCAGUAGGAAGGACUGUUUAUUCCAGGAUGAAAAGUUAGAAUGUGGGCUAAAGACACCACCAGCCCACUGCACAUUUGCAUCCCUUUUAUUUACAAAAUAAGAUGGAAAAGUCCUUUUUAAAAAAUAGCUUCAUCUCCAUUUAUAACUUUUAUAUUUGUCCUUAUCUGAAAUAAAGGUGUCAUUGGGAGUUGGCUUAUGCCAAGCCCUUUUUCACAAACUGAGCCUCUUUUUGGUAAUUUCACUGGGACAGGAACCAGGACAGACACGAUUCCUGCAUUUUGUACAUUAAAUCUGCCUUUGCUUCUAAGCGUGGAUCAUCUUGAACACUUGCUUAAAAAUAACAACUGCUAGUGAUUCCAUUUCCAAGGUACUUGAAAAAAGAUUCUGUAUACAUUUAAUCCUCAAACCAGCCUACUUACCAAGUGGCUGCAAGAACAUGUGAGACAUGAAAAGUAUUUUAAAGCCAACUGUGUUGCCUUAUCUUGAAAAGAAGCUAGGUAGCUGCCUUCAACUGGGGAGGGGGCAGGUUAAUAUUUUUAGAAUGACACAGCUAAACAGUGAAUAAUAGUGUCAUGAUUAUAAAAUUGACAUAUUUAUUUGGUUUAAGUGGGAACUCUAGAAGCAAAUGAAUAGGAUAAGAAUAGGUCGUUUUCCAUUCAACUUCUUUUUGGAUGUAGGGAAAGGAAAAGGACACUAGCUAAGGGAGGGAAGGGGAUGUGAUGUCAUAAAUGUAGCAGCCUCUAAUUUUGUAUUUUACCUUUUAUUUUAUUUUGCUAUAUAGGGAAUUGUUUAUUCAGAAACAUAGAAAAGCGGUCUUUGAGGAAUUUUAUUUAAAAUUUUUAAAUAAAAUGGACUGUGGUACAAUCAAAUUGUUCACAUCACCAAAGCAUCAUUUCCCUGGAAUGUAACCCGCAGUCUGUGGCACGCCACUGGAGCCGGUACCUAGGACGGCCGUGCACAGCCUGGUGGGCGGCCAUGUUUGUAGAAAGCUCAACCUGAUUCGCAAGUUGUACUGUAUGCACCAUUGCAA